AUGGCUGAAAAAAAUAACUUUCAUGAUGGAAUAAUGUUAAGACGUGGCUUACGUAAAUUUGAUACAACAUUAUUAUCAAAUGAUGGAGGAAAAUAUUCACCAUCAAUAAGAAGGCUUCGACAAAAUUAUUUGCAUGAUACAAAAUCUUUUACAGGUAAACUCCUUGCAUCCCCAACGCAAUCAUCAUUGAUAACAAAGCAACUUAACAAGCGAACUAGUGGUCCUCAAUUAUCUUCACGUCAUCAUCAUCAAUCAUCGAUUGACCUAUUGGCAACAUCGUUAAAAUGUGAUCAUUGUCAAAAAAAUGAAGGUUUAUUUCAAUGUUGUCAUUGUAAUCAACGUUUAUGUAUUCGAUGUUGUAAUAAACAUUUUAAAAAGGUUACAGCUGAAUGUGAGCAUCUACAUGAAUUAAGUGAUUCUCUAUUAACGAAAAUAAUUCAUAAAAAAACUGAUCUCGAAAAGCAAAAACAAAAAACAAUUGAACAAUGCCACAAAUGGCGUAUUGAUACAAUUAAUACAAUAAAUAGAGCACAUAAACUUAUGAUCCAGACUAUUUACGAUGAAUAUGAAAUACUAAAUAACGAAUAUGAAUUAUUUAUUCAAAAAGAAAUGUCUCAUAUAAAUAUUGAUGGAAAUGAAUUAAUAGGAAUGCAUGAAGGAAAUUCUAGUUCACUAGUUUUACAACCAUCAUCACCUAUGACAACAGCAAGUUCAAUAAAAUCAAUUGAUACAAUAAAAAAACGUAUUGAAACAUUAACUAAACAAAUUGAUGAAGAAGCAAAUUUUUCAUUGCAAGUUAAAUUACCAAUAUUAGAUAUUAAUAAUAAUAAUCUUCAAGUAGAAUCGCAUUUUGGUUAUAAUAUAAAAAUUAUUAAUGCACCGUGGCAAAAUGAACAUUCUAGUUAUGAUAUAUCAUUAAAUGAAUCUGAAGAAAUAUCUAAAAAAGAAUUGCCGUCUGAUUCUCAAUCACCAACAAGCAACACAAACGAUUCAUGUUAUUCUUCUUCUACGGAAGAAAUGCCAUAG